AUGGUUGGCAUGAUGGGCGAUCUAGAUGAAUCCUCUCUUGCUCCAAGCAACGACCUAACCACUCUGUUGACCAUGAACACCAACCAAGAACCUCUUGGCUCCACAAAUGGCACCACACUAGAACAACUUUCAAAGGACCAUUUGUCUCCUCUAGAACUCGAAUUUUCAGGAACCGAUGAUGAUGCAGAUGAUGGAGUUGUGAUGACCAGUGAAGAUGGUGGCGUUGAUGAAACUUAUGCAGACUUUAAUCAAGCCUCGGAGAUUACCCUUAAAGUUUCUGGCCUCGAGGGGCCCAUACAGCUCACAGCGCCUCUGGAAGAAAGGUUGAACGGUACCUCCUCUACUCUGCAAAACAGUGUUAGGGACCAAUAUAUGUACAAAAUUCCACCACCAGAACUUGAAUCCUAG